CUUUCUCUUCAUACAAGCCCUGCCUGCACAUAAACCCCAACUGUCAAUUAUCUCUUUCAUCCAUCCUACACCUCCACUUUCACCUCCAAAAUGAUCACACCCACAGCUCCAGCCCAACCACCACCACCACCAACAACAACAACAAGAACAAUAAACCCCUCUACCUCCUACACCAUCGCCCCCCACCUCGACCACUACGCCCAACCCCUCUCAACAUUCACCACCCACCACCCAGUCGACACCCUCGUCGUCGGCGCCUUCAUCUUCAGCCCCAAUCCAACCCCAACCUCACCUCCCAUCUCCCCCUCCCCCUCCCCCUCCACAGCAAUCCCCAAAACCCUCCUCCUCCAACGCGCCGCCUCAGACUCCUACCCCUACUUCUGGGAAGGCCCGGGCGGGGGCUGCGAGCCCAGCAUCGACGAGACGCUUCUUGCGGGCGUAGCGCGCGAAGUCUUCGAGGAGACGGGACUGGCGGUCGUGCGGUUUGUGGAUUUGGUGUGUGUGGAUGGGUGGAGGAAGGGCGGGAAGAGGGUGAUGAAGUGGACUUUUUUGGUGGAUGUUGGGUCGCCGUUUGCUUCUGGGGCUGGGUCUUCUGGGUUUACUGGCGGGGAUUGUGGGGGCGGGGAUGGAGAGGUUGGUGGGAGUGGUGGGAGUGGUGGGAGUGAGGGGUGGGAGGGGAAGGUAAGGGUUGCGGAGGAGGAGCAUAGAGCGUUUCGAUGA